UCGCUGGGAGGCCCAAUCGUCCUCGGGAGCACGAAAGCUGUAGUUGUAGCUAGUGUUGGCCUGCGCAACCAAUCGCCAGGUCCCCGCCCUCUUCGUUCUAAGCGCGGCGCUUCUCCGCCCGGUUGCUCCUCCUACGGAGUCGGCUCCGUCCUACUACACCGUUUCCCCCCCAAAUUUUCUGGCUUUUCUGGGCGAUGAUGGCCUUACCGCCCGCCGCCGCCUCUUGCGUUGGCUGGUUACCCGCGCCCUGAGUUCCUGCAAUUUUUUUCUUUUGUAUUUCUGAUUGCUCACCUUCUUUGUUGUUUGCGACGACCGUCCGGAAACACGACGGAACGGGGGCUUCUACCUCGAGAAAGCUCCCCAUGUUCCCAUCGCCUUGUACUUGCGGCUGCCUAGAAACAGCUUGGUAGUAUAACCACUGAAGAUGGUCAGUGGGAGGCCGCAUGGUGAAUUGGACUCAUGGUUCAAGAGCCUCAUGGUGACCUCUAGCAGCGAGAGGGGGCAGGCUGGGAGUGGUGGUCCAGCGCCAACAUUAACAGGAUGGAAGGACCUUCCGAUGGAGCUCCUGGUGCGGAUAAUAUCCACAGUUGGAGAUGAUAGGAUGGUCAUCGUGGCGUCUGGUGUUUGCACAGGCUGGCGUGACGCGCUGGGAUGGGGGGUCACUAAUCUUUCACUUACAUGGUGCAAACUGAGCAUGAAUAAUUUAAUGAUAUCUCUUGCCCACAAGUUCACGAAGUUGCAAGUUCUCACUCUCCGGCAAAACAAACCUCAGCUUGAAGACAGUGCCGUAGAGGCUGUUGCCAACUACUGCCAUGACCUACGUGAGUUAGACCUCAGCAGAAGCUUCAGGCUUAGUGACCGCUCCUUGUAUGCGCUGGCCCAUGGAUGCCCACGGCUUACAAGACUGAACAUUAGUGGAUGUUCCAGUUUCAGCGACACUGCGUUGAUUUACCUUACCUGCCGCUGUAAAAACCUCAAGUGCCUGAACUUGUGUGGAUGCGUGAAGGCUGUUACUGACAGAGCUUUGCAGGCUAUUGCUCAGAACUGUGGGCAGCUGCAGUCUUUGAACCUAGGCUGGUGUGAUGAUGUUACAGAUAAGGGAGUGACCAGCUUAGCGUCAGGAUGCCCUGAUCUCAGAGCCGUAGACUUGUGCGGUUGUGUUCUUAUAACAGAUGAGAGUGUGGUUGCUCUUGCCAACGGAUGUCCGCACCUGCGCUCGCUGGGCCUCUACUUCUGCCAGAACAUCACGGACCGCGCCAUGUACUCCCUCGCAAACAGCCGCGUGAAGAGCAAGCGUGGGAGGUGGGAUGCAGUGAAAGACGGGCUCGCGAACCUCAACAUCAGCCAGUGCACCGCCCUGACGCCCCCGGCGGUGCAGGCCGUCUGCGACUCCUUCCCGGCGCUGCACACCUGCCCCGAGAGGCACUCCCUCAUCAUCAGUGGCUGCCUCAGCCUCACGUCAGUCCACUGCGCCUGCGCCCUCCACCCACACCGUGCCGGGAGAGCCCUGAUGGCCAACCAUGCGUACUAAUAAACAUGUUGGUGGCUUUGCGCUGAUAGUUCUCGCGAAUGGGGACGCAUGCCUGGGGGGUGAUGGCGUCGUCCAGGUGUAGAGGAAGCUCCCUGUGUACAUAAACUCGAAACUUGGCGGUGUGAUAAGGCACUGCUGUGGUAGGACUUUGUGUGAUAAUCAUGGAGUGGCGAAUUUCUAGAGAAUGGCAUGUACUCCAGUGCUACCUGGACAUUGACCAGAAAAAAUGUGGUAUCUAGUUGCCUUCUGUGUAAGGGCGGACGUGUUGGGAUGUUCAUGCAUUUUCAUUAAUCUGAUAC